CAGUUGCGGGCUUGAACUUCUGAAAUAUUCUUCUCAUUUUCAGGCGCGAUCCAUUUCCAGCAGCUUGCCCUUUUCUCUGCCAUGGGUUGGCAGAUUAGUGAGCCCAAGCCCAAGCCCUCGCUCCUUAUUAUAAGCAGGCAUUGGCAGCUAAAUUCAGAGCUGAGCAGCUGAGCUGAUCAUGUUUGAUGGUAAACUAUCCUUUGUACUUUAUUCUCCGUCUCUGUAACAGUUAUCUCUCUUCGGAAUGGAAACUGCGAAGCCGUUAAUAAGGGUAUUCAGAAGCAAAGUAAAGCAAGCAUCUUUGCUAUGGCUUGAGGGUUUUCGAGAAGCUUGUUGCCUUCACAGAGUAGUCAUUCUUUGUCUCAGGUCAAGGAAUCUUUUGAUUAGAACUGGGCAGUGUUUUCUUUUGAAUGGAUUUAUUUUCUUAGGAAGUAUAUUGGUGCUGAAGUCAAUUGUCAUCCCAACAUUAAAAUGGAUACUACCUGAUCAUUUCUCAGAUAUUAGUUCUCAAGAACCAAGCACAUUUGGCAGUAUCUUAAAACUUUAUUCUUUUUUACGUGUUGGACUUGUACAACUCUUUUAUCUAUUUUGGUUCUACCCAUUGUAUGUAUUCAGCUUUAUUCUCAGCACUAUCUGGUACAAUGAAAUUGCUAAGUUUGGUUUUACUGCAAUGGGAAGAGAUGGACAUAAUGUAUUGGAACCUUUAAGCCAGGAUGACCCAACAACAGCAUCAGACAACUCAGGUUCAACAGAAAAGCCUGCUGGUCUAGGACGGGUUAUGAUUGGAAUUGGAGAGCAGGUGUAUUCUAUAUUGCUUUUGAGCAUAUUCUUUCUAGAGGUUUAUGCUACAGGAUUUUUACCAUAUAUAGGGAAGGCACUCAACUUUGUGCUCCUUUCCUGGAUGUAUGCUUACUACUGUUUUGAGUACAAAUGGAAUUUGUCUGAAGUGGCUCUGGACAGACGGCUGGACUUCUUUGAAUCUAACUGGGCCUUUUUUGCUGGUUUUGGAAGUCCGUGUGUUCUUGCUAUUUUCUUCUUCUCUCCUCUUGUGAGCUAUGGUGUUAUGGCUGUUCUUUUCCCACUGUUUGUUUUGACAGCAACAAGCUCAGAAGCCGAGCAACUUGUCCUCUCUCAAAGAAGAAGAUGGAAGGGUGAAGGAUUGAUAAGGCUUCCAAUAUUUUAUGCAGCAGAUACAUUGUCAAUGCAGAUCUUGUCUCUCAUCCCCUUAGAAUCGCCGGAGCAAAUGCCAGACAACAAAGAACUCUAAGGUCUGACUUGAUUCUUUGUGAAAAAUGUAAGUUUAUUAGGACUUGAUUCUUGAAAGGAAGCCAUGUAUAAAAAUAGUUGUGAAAACUCAAGCUGACAUAAUAAACCAGCAAAGGAAGCAGCAGCA